CUUGGUUUUGAGUUGGUGAUUCAAACCCUAGAUUUCUUUUUUAGAAAGUGAAUCGGAGAGCUUGAAGCUCGAAAUCCAUGGCGUCCCGUCGUCGAAUGCUGCUCAAGGUCAUAAUUCUUGGCGAUAGCGGGGUUGGGAAGACAUCUCUUAUGAAUCAAUACGUGAAUCGAAAGUUUAGUAAUCAGUACAAAGCUACUAUUGGAGCUGACUUCUUAACUAAAGAAGUGCAAUUUGAGGAUAGACUUUUCACAUUGCAGAUAUGGGAUACAGCAGGACAGGAAAGAUUUCAAAGCCUUGGUGUGGCAUUUUACCGUGGUGCAGAUUGUUGUGUCCUUGUGUACGAUGUGAAUGUCAAGAAGUCAUUUGAUAACCUUGACAAUUGGAGGGAGGAGUUUUUAAUUCAGGUGACAGUCCUCAUCUGCUGGCUCAUGAGCACACAAUCUAACUCCCCGAUAUAUAUGUUGUUAACCAAACAUGUUUUCAUAAUUCAGGCCAGCCCUUCUGACCCUGAAAACUUCCCCUUUGUUGUAUUGGGGAACAAGGUAGAUGUGGAUGGAGGCAAUAGUCGAGUGGUAUCGGAGAAGAAAGCAAGAGCAUGGUGUGCUUCAAAAGGAAACAUCCCAUACUUUGAAACUUCUGCAAAGGAGGGUUUUAAUGUUGAUGCUGCUUUUGAGUGCAUUGCCAAAAAUGCUCUAAAAAAUGAGCCCGAGGAAGAAAUCUACCUUCCUGACACGAUCGAUGUGGCAAAUGGGCAACAACAAAGAUCUUCAGGGUGCGAGUGUUGAGCACAAGUUCAGUUUGCUUGACAUUCCAUGGGACUCGAGACAAAUAGACACAUCUCCUCCAUUCGAGUUGCAACCAAGCAUUUCUAGGCAUGCUGAUGGGAGUCGUAUGUACAUUUGAAUUUUACAUCAUAAGUUAGCUUUUUGUCAACAUGUUCAUUUGUUGUUUUGAUUUGUGAAGGUAGAAACAUAUACAUAACGUACAAUUCCAUUAUGGAAACAAAAGAUCGAUUACAAUUACCACC